AUGGAGAGGAUAAUUUUACAAUCUCAAAAUGCUUUUGUGAGAGAGAGGCAGAUUUUAGAUUCUGUUUUAAUUGCUAAUGAAUGUUUGGAGAGUAGAUUUAAGUUGGAGAAAGCUGGUAUUCUUGUUAAAUUGGAUAUAGAAAAAGCUUACGAUGAUGUAAGCUGGGAUUUUCUUGAUUAUCUGUUGAAGAGAUAUGGCUCUAGAGUUAAAUGCUCUCAUGGUUUGAGGCAAGACGAUCCCGUUUCCCCCUUUCUUUUUGUUAUGAUUAUGGACGCUAUGAGUAGAAUGAUUGAGAAGGCUGUGGAGGGGUUAAUAGUUUAUUUAUUAAAGUCUAAAAUUGUUCUUGUGGGUGAUGUUCAGAAUUUAUCAGUUUUGGUUAAUUUACUGGGGUUUAAAGUCUCUUCACUGCCUUUGAGGUAUCUUGGACUUCCUUUGGGGGCCUCUUUUAAAGCUAUAGACAUAUGGGAUAGGGUGAUUGAAAAAAUUGAAAUGAGGUUCAGGGGAAGGAUACCCAGCUCCUUCACGCUUCUCCGAGACCUUGUACUCUUGAAUCUUUCGUCGAAUGUGCUCAUUGGUGAGAUACCCACUUCGUUUGGGGACUUGAUUUCACUAAAGAAUGCGUCCUUGGCGUCGAAUUCUUUGUCCGGGUCGAUAUCAAAGUCGAUGUCGGCAACACCCAGUUUGGUUAAUAUUGAUCCGAGUUCGAACUAG